AGUUUUUUAAGCACUGAAAAUAGGCUCUUAAUGAGACGUUGUUUUUAAAAUGGGCGAUAGCAAACUCCGCUUCUGGACUAUUUUUCCGGGUACCUAUGUGAUGCUAAUGCGUUGAAGGUUUGAUGACGGCUCCGAAUAUCCGUUUUUGGCUCAGUAGCGCUAGCAGUAUGCAGAGGAUCUCAAUUUGAUUAUAGUAAAGUGAUUCUAAUUUGAUUAGCAACAUUCGCUACUCAGAUUUAGGCCUGCUAUGACCUAUGGACUUUCCAAAUGGUGACACAUCCAGCAGUUCGUCUUUUGGCUUAGACAUGAUUAUUUUGCGCUGAGACUGAACUUUUUUAUAUACAAUAUCAACUCAUUAUUUUUUUACGGCUUUUAUUCAUAGUGGUUCUGGAGUAUGAUAAAAUAUGAUGUUUUGUAGACAUGAACAAUUUGGGCCAAUCUACAAUGGUUAUUUGACAUCAUGUUUUAUAGAAAGUUCUUUGUAUAUUCCCUUUAAUAUAAUUUGGUUAAUAAUUACUAUUAUAUGCUACAAGAAGUACUACAAGCCGCCGUAUUAUUACAAGAAUGAGUUGAAUCUUUUUUCUAGUGUGUUUUCCAGGAAGAGAUCUGGCUCUUCUUGGGCUUUGAUGGAGUUGGUAUUCUAUUUUUCCCAGGCUGCGCUGCAUGUGGUACAAUUGGGGAUCUCGAUGGUGUAUCUAUAUGCGUAUGUAGAUAUUAUUGUGGGAGCGUUGUCUAUUGUAUCAUGGAUCUAUGCAGGGUAUCUGUCAUGGGCAGAAUACAAGAAGCUAGGAAGACAUAGUUGGGUGUUGGCUAGUUGGUGGGUAGGAAACAUGCUAUUAGAGUCACUGUUGGUCCAGAACAUGUCAGGCAGUUGGGGCGAGGGGAGCGGCCAGGACAAGAUGAUCUAUACAUGCUCGAUGGUGAGUUUAGCGUUGAUAGUGGUUCAGGUACUGAGUGAAUUGGUUAUGAACUCACCUAGUGAUGUAGUAAACGUUAAAAAAGAGGAGGGAAAAUUGGGAGAAGAGAAAAUAAAAGCAGAGGACAUAGAGAAAGAAGAUGACACCAACGCUAAAAAAGAAAAUAUCGAAAUAGGGAAACAUGGUGAUCAAGACGCGUCGGGUGACAUUUCAGAAAUAACCGAAGACGAUGACGCUGCCGUGUAUGGAAGUCUGGAAGAACGCGCAUCUAUCAUUUCUAAGUGGACAUUUAGUUGGCUUACGCCACUACUGUCACUUGGAUCUCGUCAGCCACUAGAGAUGCGCGACAUACCGGAUCUUGCAGAUAGAGACAAGAGUGCAGGUCUGACGAAGUUAUUAGAGACAUCGUGGUCACAUGGAAAAAGGCAGGGAUCGAAGCAGUCAUUAUUUUUUACGCUGUGUCGUACAUUUGGAGGAGAAUUUGCGUUGGCGGGACUGUUUAAACUGGUACAAGAUGCGUUGCUAUUCGUGUCCCCCAUGCUGAUGCGGCAUUUGAUACAAUACUUAAACGAUCCGAAUAGGGAGGUGUAUGAGGGUAUACUGAUAGCAGGAGCGAUGGGUCUUACCUCGGUACUACAAUCGUUGUUUUUGCAUGCCUAUUUUUUCGGCGUGUGUCAAGUGUGCCUUCACUUUAGGUCAUCUAUGACGGGAUUUAUCUUUUCCAAGGCAUUUCGGUUGUCGUUUGCUUCUAUGCGUCGAUAUACUACGGGCGAGCUUGUAAAUUUACAGGGGAUAGAUAUAUUUCGAAUAGAGUCGGCGUUGUUGUAUCUGCACCUGAUAUGGAGUGCACCUUUUCAGAUAAUCAUAUCGAUAGUGUCUCUUUAUCAAUACGUCGGAGUGUCAGUGUUUAUAGGACUGCUGGUAAUUGUCUUAAUUGUGCCCAUUAACGGGUAUUUGUCCAAGAGGUUGUCCAUAACACAAGUUAACUUGGCGAGGCAGCGCGACUACAGGAACAAGUUUACAACGGAAGCGAUACAUGCAAUUCGAGUGAUUAAGCUAUUUGGAUGGGAGCCGAGUUUUGAAGAGAAGCUGCUAGAGCACAGAGAUCGAGAGGUCAAAUUGCUGAAGUUUGGUGGGUUUUUGAGGGUUUUCAACUAUUUUUUUUGGACAUCGACUCCGAUUUUCUUUUCUGUCGUUAUUUACACUGCAUAUACAUUGCUUGGGAAUGAGCUCACGUUCGAGAUUGCGUUUCCAGUGCUGACGUUGUUAAACAUACUCAGGUUUCCUAUUAGCAUUUUGCCGAAUUUACUGGUAUCUUUGAUUGACUGCCAUGUUAGUUUGAAGAGGUUGUCGGCGUAUUUUUUGGCAGAAGAGCUUGAUUCGAAUGCAGUAGAGAGGCCGCUACUUAGCGAAAAACGAACAUGGGCGAGCGAAGACAAAAAGGAGCGUUGGGCGGAUGCAGAUAUGGAAGCGAGGGUUUUGAUUUCGGAAGGCAGGUUUUAUUGGACAGAUCGGGAUCGGCCGAAUCUGGUUGAUUUGAACUUCAGGGCUUAUCCGGGUCAGUUGGUGGCGAUAGUUGGAAAGGUUGGGGCGGGGAAGUCAUCUCUGCUUUCAGCGAUUUUGGGAGAGAUGCCUAAGAUAGAAGGAAAGGUGGUUGUUAAGGGAAGUGUCGCAUAUUGUUCUCAACAGGCCUGGAUUCAAAAUGGUACAGUGCGUUCAAACAUUUUGUUUGGGAAGCCGUUUGACAAGAAGUUGUAUGAGGAGGCUAUCCGCGUGUCAGCGCUUGAGCCGGAUAUUAGGAUAUUACCGAAUGGGAAUUUAACAGAGAUAGGUGAAAAGGGGAUUAAUUUGUCAGGUGGACAAAAGCAGCGUAUUUCUCUUGCUCGUGCGGUUUAUCGUGAGGCGGACGUGUAUCUGUUUGAUGAUGUGUUAUCAGCGGUUGAUGCACACGUAUCGAGGCAGAUAUUCGAGGAAUGUAUCAAAGAGGGGUUGAAGGGGAAGGUUAGGAUUUUGGUUACACAUCAAAUUCAAUAUUUGUCAGAAGUAGAUCAUAUCGUCGUGUUAGACGAAAUGCGUAUAAUAGAGCAAGGAAAGUUUGAGAGUUUGUACUCAAAGAAGGGGAUGCUGUACGAUAUUUUAGAGAGCUAUGCGAAGACGAGUGAAGAGAAGAUAGAAAAGGACAUGAAGGGAGAGAAGAAGAAGAAGGGCGAAAAGAGGGAUGGGAAGGGUAGGAAGUACGGAAGAAGAGGAGAGGUGGAUCAGGAGGAAGAGAGGAGUGGGCGUGAGACGAGCAAGCAGUUGGAAAAGGAGGGAGAGGGUGAUGGGGAGUCAAGAGAUAAGAAGGUUAGUCAGCAUUUUAUGUCGACAGAACAUCACAAUGUGGGGACGGUGGUUUUGGGUGUUUAUUCGAGCUAUUUGUUUGCGAUUGGAAUAGGGUUUUCGUUAGGUAUUUUGGGAUUUUUCAUAGUUGAAGCGUCUUCUCGGUUGGCAUCGGAUUAUUGGCUUUCGAUUUGGUCAGGAUCUAGCUCGGGGGGCGAGCACGGGGCGGCCUAUUACAUUUCGAUUUAUGUUGGAUUAUCGCUGUCGUCGGUGUUGUUUAACUUAUGCUUAGGGUUUUUGUUUGUUUAUUCUACGAUAAGAGGAGCAGCGAAAAUUCAUAGGAACAUGCUGCAUUCGGUUUUGAGGACAAGUAUAUCGUGGUUCGAUAGAGUGCCGACAGGAAGGAUUUUGAACAGGUUUUCUAAAGAUCAGAGUUCGAUUGAUGAGACGUUGCCUCAGGCGAUUAAGUCAGCGUUGUCGACAUUGUCAGUGGUUAUUGGCAUAUUUAUAAUUAUUGCGAUAUCUAUGCCGUGGAUUUUGGUUUAUUUUUUAGGAUUGGCGUUUUUCUACCGAUCGAUUCAAGCAUUUUAUUUGGCAAGUUCGAGAGAGCUGCAAAGGCUGCAUAGCAUUACAAGGUCACCGAUUUUUGCGUUGUUUUCAGAGACGCUGAAUGGGCUUUCAACGAUUCGAGCGUAUGCAGAGGUAGAUAGCUUUAUUAGGGUGAAUUAUGCUAAAGUGGACGCAAACCAACGGGUAUACUUCAUUAAAGUGAACUCGAAUCGAUGGUUGGGAUUGAGACUUGAAUCUCUGGGUUCUUGUAUAGUGUUUAUUGUAGGACUGUUUUCGGUUUUGUACCGAAAUAACUUAAGCAUAGGAGCGAGCGCGCUUUCUCUGACAUACGCGCUUCAGUUCAUUAAUCAGUUGAAUUGGAUGGUAAGGAUGUCUACAGACGUUGAGACGGAACUGGUUUGUUUAGAGCGGUGUUCGGAAUACACAAAGUUGGAGCCGGAGCCAGGGUUGUACUGGUCGAGGGAAGACAAGAGGUUGAUGAGAGAGGGAGAGGGAGGGGCAAGUUUGCGAAAGGAGGAUGGAGUAUACAAGAGAAAGAAGCGCGGGACGGAUGAUUAUGGUGAAGAGGCCGGAUCGAGUUUGGAGAGCUCGGUCGAUUUAAGGAAGGUUUCAGGAAGAACAGACUAUAAUGGCGACAGCGAGUCGGAUGCUGGGCCGUCGAUUGAUAGCUUAACAGGUCUGACGUUGGUGCCAAGGUCUUGGCCAUCUGGUGGAUCUAUUACUUUUGACCAUUUUUCGCUUCGUUAUGCACCAAAUCUUCCAUUGGUUCUUUCAGACAUUUCAUGCCACAUUCUUCCGUAUGAGAAAAUAGGUGUAGUGGGUCGAACAGGCGCAGGAAAGACAUCGUUGAUAAGCGCGCUAUUUCGUCUGAUUCACUGUUUCGAAGGUAGAAUAUUGAUAGAUAACAUAGACAUAUCUAAAGUUCCAUUGAUUGAUCUCCGUAGCCGCCUUGCGAUUAUUCCUCAAGAUCCGACAUUAUUUACGGGGACGAUUCGCUCGAACUUAGAUCCUUUUGGUAUAUAUGCGGAUCAGGAGCUUUGGGGCGCAAUUUCUUCUGUAAAUUUAUUAGAACAAAUACAAUCUAUGGCGGAAAAAUUGGAUUCGCCGGUUUCAGAACAAGGCAGCAAUUUGUCGGUUGGAACCAGGCAAUUGAUAUGUUUAGCACGAGCAUUACUAAGGAAGCCUAAAAUCUUGGUUAUGGAUGAGGCGACGGCGAGUAUUGAUUACGAAACGGACAGAAAGGUUCAAGACACUAUUAGGCGGCAAUUUAAAGAUGCGACAGUAUUGACCAUCGCUCAUAGAAUUAUAACGAUAUCAGAUAGUGAUAGAGUUAUGGUGCUGGAUAAAGGGAGGUUGGUGGAAUUUGACAAACCUUCAAAUCUGUUAAAAAACAAGAAAGGGAUAUAUUAUUCAUUGGUCAAGCAGUUUAGAGAAAAUAAAGUCAUAACGUAAAGAUUGUACAUAAUUUCAAGGAAUUACCAUAAAACAGAGUUCACUCUGCUGUAUGAAUGUACUCUUUAGAGAAUUGGUUAGAUAAUGAAUAAAAAUACGUGUUUUUUUAUUGAUUGUGUUAUU